AUGGGGUUUACCAAGAUUUUCAUGGUACUGCUUCUCUCAAACUUAUUGAUUAUAAAUUCAUUGGGUUUAUGUGUUGUAGACCAGAAGACUUCACUUCUCCAGAUACGAAGCAAUCUUUCUUAUUAUCCUUCAUCGUACAAAAAGGCAGUGCAAUGGGAUGAAAGAGUAGACUGCUGCAAAUGGGAGGGUGUGCGAUGCAAUGAUGCUGGAUUUGUUACUACUCUUGACCUCAGCAACGAGCCAAUCGACCAUGGAUUCAACGUGUCUCUCUUGCUCAAACUCAAAUCUCUUUCUGUUUUUAAGCUUGAUGGGAUCAAUUUCUCUGUUCCAUUCCCAGACUUCUUCUCAGAUUUCACCAAUCUCACUGUUUUGAGCCUUGUAGAUUGCUUCUUCAUUGGAACAGUCCCUCGGAAAUUAUUCCAGGUACCAACUCUGCAAACCAUUGACUUAUCUUACAGUGAAAUGCUUGAGGGUUCUUUGCCAGAAUUUCCAGAAAUUAAUGGAUCUCUUCAGACACUCAUACUCUCUAACACAAAGUUUUCUGGGAAUUUACCCGAGUCCAUUGGAAACCUCAGAAUGUUGUCUCAUUUAGACCUUUCACGCUGCAAUUUUGGAGGAUCAAUCCCUGCUUCUAUUGGAAAGCUUACCAAGCUUGCUCACUUGAACUUGGCUUGGAAUCUCUUUAGUGGUCCAAUUCCAUCUUUUAAGCUGUCCAAAAACCUCACUCUUGUAGACCUUUCUAAUAACCAAUUUGCAGGUGAAAUUCCUUUCUCUCACUGGGAUGGCCUUCACAAUCUUGAAAGUGUAUACUUGAAUAACAAUUCAUUUUCAGGGCCUAUCCCAGUUUCACUCUUUUCCCUUCCAUCACUUCAGAGCUUGUAUCUUUCCAUGAACAAAUUUUCUGGCCGAAUAAUUGAUUUGCAGAAGAAUGUGAGUUCUCCACUGAGAGGUCUUGAUUUGGGGAGCAACAACUUGGAAGGGCCGAUACCCUCGUUCUUGUUUCAACUUCAGAAUCUUUCAUCUCUCUCACUUUCUUCAAACAAAUUCAAUGGUACUGUGCAUCUCGCCGACUUUAAAAUUGUUGAAAACUUUUACUUUCUUGAUCUCUCCUAUAACAACUUGGUAGUUGAGACAAACAUAAGUGAAGCUCAACUUCCCUUCUUUUCUCAAUUUCAAAGACUGACAUUAGCCUCCUGCAAUCUGCAACACAUUCCUGAUUUUCUGAAAAACCAAUCUACACUGGCAAUGUUAGAUCUCUCCAGCAACAACAUGAGUGGAGAAAUUCCUAACUGGGUAUGGGGAAUCAAUCAUGGGCUUGUCCGCUAUCUCAAUCUUUCUCACAAUCGUUUUACACGCCUCCAAGAGCCAGUGGAAUAUGGUCUUCUUGAUUACCUUGAUCUACAUUCUAAUCUGCUAAGUGGAAAGAUUCCACCAUUGCCAGGUUCAGCAGCUUAUUUGGACCUCUCCAACAAUCAUUUCUCCUCCACAAUACCUCUUGACAUUGGUAAUCAACUCCCAAAUGUUCGCUUCUUUUCCAUUGCCAACAAUAGAGUCAGUGGAAGAAUCCCACCUUCAUGGUGCCAUGCAGCCCUUCUUGAAGUGCUCGACUUGUCCAACAACUCUCUGCAAGGCACAAUCCCAUCAUGUCUGGCUCAAAAUAACAGCAACCUUGGUGUAAUCAAUCUUAAAGGAAACCGUUUAAGCGGCGAGAUACCACAAGUGUUUCUGCAAAGCUGUUCUUUGGAGACAUUGGAUCUCAGCCAGAAUUUCUUCAAAGGGCGGCUUCCUCCAUCCUUGGUGAACUGCACAAAGCUUAAGGUCUUAAAUCUUGGAAACAAUGGAAUAAGUGAUACCUUUCCUUGUUGGCUCAAUAACAUGUCAAAUCUGCACAUCCUUGCAUUACGUUCUAAUAAAUUUCAUGGAAGUAUCUCUUGCCCUAGCCAUGGUGUAAAUAACAGUUGGCCAAGCUUAAAGGUCAUUGACCUAGGCUCCAAUAAUUUCAGUGGAAUCCUACCAGCCAAUUUGUUCUUGGAACUAAAAGCUAUUGUGGUUGAUCAGAAUGAAGCAAAGACAGAGGUUGACUACUUGCACUUCACUUCAGAUAUUGGGAAUGUUUACUAUGCAGACUCAAUCUCACUUUCUCUAAAAGGACAUGAAGGUUACAAAUUAGACAAAAUUCUGUCUAUCUUCACUUCUAUUGAUUUUUCAAAUAACCAAUUUCAAGGGAACAUACCAGAGAGUGUUGGAGAGCUUAAACUGCUUCAUCUCCUUAAUAUUUCUCACAAUGCCCUCACUGGUAAUAUUCCUCCAUCUCUUGAAAACUUGAAAGCUUUGGAAGCACUAGACCUCUCAUUCAAUAGCCUAACAGGAAAUAUCCCGGACCAGCUUGUGAGCCUAACCUUGUUGUCAUUCAUAAACUUAUCUCACAACCAACUUGUUGGAAUGAUUCCACAAGGCAAACAAUUUAAUACCUUCGGGGAAAGCUCGUUCGUGGAAAACAAGGGGCUAUGUGGAUUCCCACUUCAUGUGUCUUGUAGUGGCGAUAAAGAACCAGCAUCUCCAGUACUGCAAGAACUAGAGGAGGAAGAAUCAUCUGACUAUGCUGAGAUCUACACCGGCAUUGGCUUAGGAUUUGUUGGGGGUUUAGGAGGAAUCUUUGUGCCACUUUUGCUGUCCAGAAAAUGGAGAUCAUAUUAUAACAAGAAGAUCGAUGGAAUUCUUUCAAAGAUACUUGACGGUAAUAACGUGUUACCGGAUAUAUUAUUUUGGUAUUUGAAUGUUUUAAUACAAAGUUGA